AUGCCGGCGCUCCAGACGCUGAGUAUGAAUGUGACCGCAGGCCAUUCCAUCGUCAAAACUGAAGAGCCAAGUGAGUUUUUUUUUGGAUUUUUGGGAGGCUUGGGCGAUCUUUGAUAUAAAAAAAGUGUUUUAUUUUUUGGGAAAAAGGAAAUUUUUGUUUUUGUUUUGAUGUUUUGUUUGUGUUAGCGGAAUUUUUAGAGAUUUUUACAACUCAAAAAUAAAAAAAAAAAUGACCAAAAAAAAUUUUUUUUGCUAUUCAUUAUCAGUCUGUCGGUAAAAUAAUGUGGAUUAGUCGCUAAAAAAUGACCCCCUCUUUGCAGUGGCACACCACAUCUCCAGCCGCGGCUAGCUAUCGAAAAACGAUGAUGAGCGACGAAUCCACAUUAUUUUCCCGACAGAUUGAUAUAAUUUUUUCUUUUUUUAAAAACCCAAAAAGAUAAGAAAUAAUGUUUGUUUUUUAUUUUUCAGCACUCUCUUGUCAAAACUGCGGCCUAAAAUUCACUCAAAACGAGACCCUAAAACGGCAUCAACUAUUCUACUGCAAAACCGAAGAGAAUGGAAGUGGUGAGUUUUUUUUUUGAAAAUUAUUUUUCAUCAUUAUGAAUCUGUCAAGAAAGUAAUGAGCAUUCUUUCGCUGAGCCAAUCGAGUUGCUGAAUUGAAGGCGGAGCGUUCUCUGUGUCUUUCGCUCUGGCCGCUCUCCGCAUCUCGCGUGCUAUCUCGUCAAAAAGACCGUUAAAUAUCCCGAGUUUUUAUGCAAAGCGAAAGCUAAAAUCUUCAGCUAUACUUUUACAGCCGAUUGUUAUUGUGUUUACGCAAUUUUUUGUAUGGAGACAUUUUAUACGAUCAAACAUGUUUCAUCGUAUAAAAUGUCCCUUACACUCACAAUUCUAGACAUGAAAAGUUGGCCAUCCGGUUGAUGCGGAAAGCCAAAUACCACUACAAAAAUUUUUGUUUGGAGACAUUUUAUACGAUCAAACAUGUUUCAUCGUAUAAAAUGUCCCUUACACUCAAGAUUUUAGAAAUAAAAAGCUGGCCAUCCGAUUGAUGCGAAAAGCCAAAUAACACUAUAAAAAUUUUUGUUUGGAGACAUUUUAUACGAUCAAACAUGUUUCAUCGUUUAAAAUGUCCCUUACACUCACAGUUUUAGACAUGAAAAGUUGGCCAUCCGAUUGAUGCGGAAAGCCAAAUCCCACUAUAAAAUUUUUGUUUGGAGACAUUUUAUACGAUCAAACAUGUUUCAUCGUAUGAAAUGUCCUAGUGGCGAAAAAAAUAAAAAAAAUCAAUAAAGCCGCGCCACAAUUCAUUUCCUCUGCGGUGAUGCGAUUUUCAAUGCGACAAAGUGCUCAUUACUUUCCUGACUGACUGAUAUUCGGUUUGCAGCGAAUUCAGGAAGUGAUUAGCGGGGUGUGCAACCAAUUCUGACGCAAUCACAAAGAAACUUUUUGUUUUUUUUUAAUCAGUCAAUACACAAAUGAAUAGAUAAAAAAAGUUGUGCUUUACUUUUCCGAUUGUAAUAGCUAUUCAUUUGCUUUUCUGAUAACAAAAACUUUGCAGAUUCAGUCCCAACAAGCACCACAACCCCGAAAGAGGAGCCUCGCGCCCCGAACAAAACCCCCACCACCACAAUCUCCUCUUCAACCAGCCUCCAAAACCUCCUCAACGCCACCGCCAAUCUUCCGAACUUUGCCGACGCCAUUGCCGCCAUUGUUCAGCAACAAGCGCAACAGCAACAACUCUUGCUUCAGCAGCAAUUACAACAGCAACAACAGAAGGCAAUCUCGAAUAUUUUGGGCGUGGGUGCGCAAAACACGUUGAUUUUGCCGGUGGCCUAUCACAGCCAAAGCGAUCCCAGUGUUAUUCAGGUGAGAGAUUUGGUAGAGGGGAGGGGGUGCAGUCGUAUAAUCCGUCACUGGGACGGAUUAUACGAUGAAACAUGUUUGAUCGUAUCAAUAUUCAUAAUUUCUCCCCAUAAACUUUUUGGUUAUAUUAGUUAUUCUUCAUUUAUCAGAAAGCUGGUUCUAAAAUUGUGAAUGUAGGGGACAUAUUAUACGACGAAACAUGUUUGAUCGUAUAAGCUGUCUCCGCAUAAACUUUUUUGGUUAUAUCCGAAGCUGGCUUUCUGAUAGAUUCAGAAAGCCGGCUUUCUAUGUCAGAGGUUAUAUUGUAUGGGACAUAUUAUACGAAGAAACAUGUUUGAUCGUAUAAAAUGUCUCCGCAUAAACUUUUUGGUUAUAUUAGUUAUUCUCCGUCUAUCAGAAAGCUGGCUCUAAAAUUGUGAAUGUGGGGGACAUAUUAUACGACGAAACAUGUUUGAUCGUAUAAGCUGUCUCCCCUUCAAAUUUUGUAACCUCCUUCCAAAUGAUGUACAAAUCGAACCCUGAAACGCUGGUUUAUGUCUUGCAACGGCAGCUGAGUUACGCGAAAAAUCCACAUUAUUUUCCCGACCUGCUGAUUUUGACAUCUCGGAGUGUCAAAAUUAUUUUUUCUGAAAAACUACAAUUUUACAUCGUAUUCUGCCCUCCACGAAACUUCAAAUUUCAGGUGGUGGGCCCCGCGCAGACGAUAAUCCCAGUGGCGAUUAGUCGUCAAGUCCCGGUCACCUCCCGUUCCCUCCUUCUGGACUCCGCCUUCGCCUCUCAACUUCAGCUCCCAAUUCACGGGAAGUUCCCGUUGAACCCGCAGGCCGGCGAGUUCGGUUUGCCCUUGGCGUUUGUUCAUCAACUGAACAGCCAGAAUGGACCAAGCACCAGCAACGGGAAUGUGACGGCAACGGCGACAAUCUUGAGCGGCACUGAGCUGAACCCGACGCUGCUGGGGAGGAAACGGUAGGUCAAAACGGUUCGAGUUUGGGCAUUGUAGAUCAUCAUCAAUUGCGAGUUUGAACGUUCUUAAACAACUAUGAAAAAGUCAAUCAGUCUGUCUGGAAAAUAAUGAGCACUCUGUCGCAUCGAAAAUUGCAUUGCCGCCAAGAAAAUGAAUUGUGUCGCGACAAAAUCAAAUUGCUUUUCACUCCAGUGACAUGACCGGCGCAACAACAUUCCGCUGAAUAUUUUCCCGACAGACUGACGAUGUUUCUACAAGAUUUUCUUGUUCGAAGACAUUUUAUACGAUCAAACAUGUUUCAUCGUAUAAAACGUCCUGUGGCCGAGAAAAAACCUAUUGCACCGUACAAAAAAAGCAAGAAUUUGCACAGUGCAAGGUGGGUCCGUGCGACGGACUAGCAUUACGCUUUUCCAAAAGUGGGUAGACCUUUUUGUCGCCAAGCUUUUUGCACUGUGAAACUGAGAAGUCGAAAAAAAGUCUAUGCACUUUCUAAAACUGCCGUAUCAGAUAAAACAAUGGAUGAAAAUUUACAAAAAUUAUAUUUUUUGAAUCUGCAAAAGAUCCGGUUUUUACUCACAUAACUUUUUCGCGAAUUCCCUUGGGGUUUUGUUUUGAAAUCAAGAUUCUUUCAAUUUCCUUUUGAACUUUCUACUUUAUUUCAAAAAAGUGGUAAUAAAAGGGGUAAUAAAAAUUAAAUUCGAAAGAUUUGACCAAAAAAUUCCUUUGUUUUAGAAUGCGCACCUCCUCCUCUUCCUCCUCAUCCAAGCGAUUUUGCGAUUCGGCCGAAUCCUCAAGUCGACCCUUGGAUUUGUCGCAAAAGAACGGUCCAAAAGAGGAAGACAAAGCCAACGCCGAGGCCAAGAAACCGUUCGCCUGCGAUUGUGGUGUUGCAUUCAUGUCGAAGGAGACGCUAACAAGUCAUCGGAAAUACUACUGUAAAAACCGAGUUACCAUCGAGGAGAUUGAGGAGAUGGAACCGGCGAGGAAGGUAGGAAAAAAUGUUAGGUUGGUGAGAAAGAUGUGUGAAACAUGGCCAAAAUUUACUAGCUCUAAAUGUGGCCAAAUUGAAAAAAAUGUGGCCAUUUUGGCCAAAUUGGCAUUGUUGUUUUGACUUGGCCAAGUUUGGUUAGAUUUCAGAUUUAUUGCAAGAGAUGGCCACAUUUUUCAUAUUUUGGCCACUUUUCUUGCCCUUUGGCCAUAUCUCUUCCCAGAUGGCCAACUUUUUUGCAAUUUGGAAACACUUUUCGCUGAUUGGCUACAUUUUUUCGAUUUGGCCAAAUUUUAAAAAAUUUCCCAUUUAUUACAAGAUUUGGCCACAUUGUUUGCGAUUUUGCCAUAUUUCUCAACAAUUCGCCAACUUUUUUGCGAUUUAACCAAAUUUGGCGGCAUUGUCGACAUAUUACGAGAUUUCGCCAUACUUUUUUCUGAUUUUCCUACACCUAGCGGGGUCAUAAACAGAAAAAUGCAUGAGUCUGUCGGGAAAAUAAUGAGCACAAUGUAGCUGCGCCCAUCGGUCGCUGAAUUGAAAAGCAAGUUGAAUUUUCCGCGAUACGUUUCUUUAUCGAUGCGACAGAGUCCUCAUUAUUUUACCGACGGACUGAUAGUGACAAACCUCUGUAUAACCAACAAAUUUCGGAGGCCCCAACGGCCAAUUUUAGACCAAGCCUUUGUACAACAAAACCUCUUUAUAACGAAUAUUUUUUUUCGUUCCUCACGGUUCGUUGUACAGAGAUUUAACUCCACUUUUUUUGGCUCCAAACUCUCAAGUAUACCACCCCUAACUCCCAUUUUCACCCCUCCUCUUUUCAGGUGCCCUCUCGUUGUUCCCAAUGUGAUUACGUUCCGGCCACGCACGCCCAACUCGCUCAACAUAUUCGCCAUAAACACUCGCUGGUCCAAGCGUUCGUCUGUCUGCUUUGCGGCUACAAAGGCUAUUCCGCGCGCGGCAUCAAGAACCAUCUGCGCACGUCGCACGGCGACGAAAUGUCGAAGCGUCGCGCCGACAAUGAGAGCCAAAUGUUGUCGGACAAGAGCCUGCUGCAGGACUAUGUCUUCUGCGUUACGGCGGACACGAAGCAACUGCAGUGUGAGAAGUGUCGGCUGACUUUCCCCACCGACGACCUGAUGAAGCGGCAUCAAUGCAGAGCGGCUGAAAAUUAG